AUGACCCCCGAGCAACUCUCCGACGCCAUCGACAAAGUCAACCUCCUCAAGGCCGAAAAAUCACACUUCGACCAAGACAAAGACAAGACGCAGUUCCGACAGUACGAGGAGGCCUGCGACCGGGUCAAGCACUUCUACAAGGAACAGCACACCAAGCAGACCGUGGCGUACAACCUGCAGGCGCGCAAUGCCUUCCACUCGCAGACGCGGGCCGAGAUGACGGUGUGGCAGGCCAUGGAGCGACUCAACACGCUGGUGGACGAAUCCGACCCGGACACGGCGCUCUCGCAGAUCGAGCACCUGGUGCAGUGCGCCGAGGCGAUGCGGCGCGACGGCCAGCCGCGCUGGAUGCAACUGACGGGGCUGAUCCACGACCUGGGGAAGCUGCUUUACUUCUUCAACGAUGCUGCCGCCGGCACUGGGGUCGCCGCGCAGUGGGCCGUCGUCGGGGACACCUUCCCCGUGGGCUGCGCCUUUGACGACCGCAUCGUGUACGGGCGCGACUCGUUCCGCGACAACGAGGACUUCGGCCAUGCCAUCUACGACGGCUCCGUGCCGCACGGCAUCUACACGGCCGGCUGUGGGCUGCGCAACGUCAUGCUCUCCUGGGGCCACGACGAGUAUCUCUACCAUGUGGUGCGCCACCAGUCGACGCUCCCCGAGGAGGCCCUCGCCAUCAUCCGCUACCAUUCCUUCUACCCCUGGCACACGGCGGGCGCGUAUCGCCAUCUGAUGGACGACCGGGACCAUGUCAUGUUGCGCGCGGUGCAGGCGUUUAACCCGUAUGAUCUUUACAGUAAGAGUGAUGCCGUUCCGGCCAUUGAGGAGCUCAAGCCGUACUAUCUCGAGCUGAUUGACGAGUACUUUCCCAACAGGGUUAUCCGGUGGUAG